GCAAUUCAUCACUUUCCAACCUAACCACAUAAAUCACUCUCCCCACACCCACAUUUAAGUGCUACCCUUCUCAUCAUUUCCCUCCCUCACCACCAAACUCAUCAGCUUUCCAUAACCAGAACAGAAGUGAGCUUCAAGAAAUGGCAAUGAAUCCAUUGUCAUCAUAUGAUUAUGCAGAUGAUGAUUACAUUGACAUGGAAGUUAGUUCAUACUCCAACUUUCUUUCUAUCUCCAAAAACUCUCACUCUCCUCCUCAAACGAGAGAAUUUGAAUUCCAAAUGUCUUCCAUUUCACUUGAAAAAGAGCCUUCAACUUCUCCAGCUGAUGAGCUAUUCUACAAGGGAAAGCUCCUUCCUCUUCAUCUUCCUCCUCGGUUACAAAUGGUGGAAAAACUCCUUCAAAACUCCAAAGAUAAUAGCAAUACUUUCCAAGAAUUUUACAGCACUCCGUUAAUGGCUACACCGACAGGUAGUUGUACUCCUUUUGAAUCUUGCAACAUUUCUCCUUCAGAGUCUUGUCAGGUUAGUAGAGAGCUAAAUCCUCAAGAAGACUACUACUUUUACUCAGAUCAAGUAAUAAACGAUGACACCAUUAGCGAAAACUCGAACAAGUACUCUUGGACUAGAAAGCUCAAGCUUAGUUCAAAACUUAAGGCUUCUCGUGCGUAUUUCAAGUCAUUGUUUGGUAAAUCUGCUUGUUCUGAUGAUUCUGCAGACCAAGGAAUUGUCCUAAAGGCUAGAGAAUCUAUGAAUAAACGCGGAAAGCCAGUAAAGAAAACGCCUUUUGGACAAAUUCAGAAAGAGAAUAACCAAAAGAUUAAUGAAGAUUGCAGCUGUCGUCUUCAUAGGAGAUCGUUUUCUAUGGCUAUUAAACGACAUUCAACAAAUAAGACAUCGUCUUCGUCUUCUUCUUCUUCCUCGUCGUCAUCUUCUUCAAGCUCUAACAAUAUAAAUAAUGGGUUUUAUGGGAUGCCAUUUCUGAAAAGAAGUAGCAGUGUGAAUUCAGAGAUUGAGAAUCCAAUUCAAGGAGCAAUAGCUCAUUGUAAGCAAUCUCAGCAAUUGUUUUGUCCAAGAAAAUCUGCAACUCAAGUUGGGUUUUACUCACUGUCUGCUUCCAAAAUUGCUGUUUGUGAUGAGCAAGAAAGACCUGAGAUUUGCAGAGGAUGAAUUCACAAAAAAUUUCAAAAAAAAAAAAAAGUUAAUAUUUAGAUUUGUUUCUUUUCUCUUUUUAUUAAUUCAAUUGUGUGUGUCAUUUUGUUCAUGGCAUGAGUUAGAAUUAUAAAUGCCUGUAUUUAACUGUUAAUUAGAUCAGACUAUUUCGUGGAAGUUUCUUAAAUAUUAAAAAAUAAAAUUUCAUGAACAAUA